AUGACAACAGAUCGUCCAGCGCCAUCCGGGAUCAACGAAGCCAUUCGUGAGUGGAUCACGGCAAACGAGGAGAAAGAAAUUCGCGAGCAGUUCCAAAAUUCCUGCGUUCGCAAUCGCCAAGUCCUGUGGAGUGGCAUGCACCGGGAGGUUGCGCAAGAAUGGGCAGAUAAACAUGGGUUCCAGACGCUCACAACCGCAAUGGGUCCUCUCAUGGACCCUAAUAGUCCCAAAUGCCCAAAGGCUACGAAGGGCCACAAGAGCUGGCCAAAAUAUGUUCAUGGAGCGUCGGUUGUGUUUGCUUGCUACAUCUCCGAAGGCGACAUCGCCACUGUCUUAUCGCAGCCUCCCCCACAGCGCUUCCACCCGUCCGGACGGACCUACUAUCAGAUGAUCGAGGAGCCAAUUCUAAAAGGCAAGUAUGGCAAUCGGCCCGUGAGGAAGAUUGUCGUGGUUCACCCAACCGUGGGCAAGGCGGCGGAGUUUACCUACGAGCUGUGGCCGCACGACGAACCUUCCCUGUGGACAGCUUCCUUUGGCAUACCGGACACUGUCCGUUACUGGCGGCAAGUCAAGCUGCCAAGGAAAGAAUCAAAGGUAAAUCAGUUGGAUAAUUGCAAAUCCACCGGUGCCUCAACGACGGGCACAAAACCCGAACAGAAGGAUGCCGCAUCAUGUGAAGUCCCAAGCAAGAGAACUAAAACAGGAAAGACGAAAAAGAAGCGGAAGGGCAAGAAAUGCGAUUUAGCAGGCUGCAAGGACGCUUCGAGCAAACAGGAAGCCAAAGCGGACAGAACAAAAGGAGGAACCCCAAACGGCAACGGGUGUGAGAAAAAGGGUGGAAAGAUGAGCAAAAAGGGGCACAAGGCGAAAGGGAACAACGUCCCACAACAAGAGCAAAUGCGUCAAUGCCCAACGAUGGGGAAAUGCAAAGGGACAAAGGCGAAGGCGCGAGAGGCAGAGAGUAGGGAGCUUGAAAGCACAGCCAACGACUGUGGCGGAGCCAAGAAGAAGAAGAAGAAGAAGAAGGCAAAGAAACGCCGCAAGCCCUCCAGCGACCCCCCGCAACCCAACCCGUAA